AUGCUGAUUCUCAAGAGUAUAAGUGAUCUUGUGGACAAUCUUUACCAAGAAUCUGUGUCACUGUUAGCAAAAGACAACAGUACCCUAACACUUCCCCUGGGAUCUGUGUCACUGUUAGCCAAAGACAACAGUACCCUAACACUUCCCCCGGAAUCUGUGUCACUGUUAGCCAAAUACAACAGUACCCUAACACUUCCCCUGGACUCUAUGUCACUGUUAGCCAAAGACAAUAGUGCCCCUGACACUUCCCCUGGAAUCUGUGUCACUGUUAGUCAAAGACAACAGUCCCCAAACACUUCCCCUGGAAUCUGUGUCACUGUAGCCAAAGACAACAGUACCCAAACACUUCCCCUGGAAUCUGUGUCACUGUUAGUCAAAGACAACAGUACCCAAACACUCCCCCUGGAAUCUGUGUCACUGUUAGCCAAAGACAACAGUCCCCUAACACUUCCCCUGGACUCUGUGUCACUGUUAGCCAAAGACAAUAGUGCCCCUUACACUUCCCCUGGAAUCUGUGUCACUACCUGUGAGCUAGUGAGUGAGAGAGACCCUGGUGCUCCCCAGUCUAACACCUCAGGGAGUGGAGAGGGGACCCUGGUGCUCCCCAGUCUACCACCUCAGGGAGUGGAGGAGAGGACUAUUGUGCUCCCCCAGUCUAACACCUCGGGGAGUGGAGAACAGGACCCUGAUGCUCCCCGGUCUAACACCUCAGGGAGUGGAGGAGAGUACAAUGGUGUCCCCAGUCUAACACAUCAGGGAGUGGAGGAGAGGAGUGGAGGAGAGGACCCUGGUGCUCCCCAGUCUAACACCUCAGGGAGUGGAGGACAGGACCCUUGUGCUCCCCAGUCUACCACCUCAGGGAGUGGAGGAGAGGACCCUGGUGCUCCCCAGUCUAUCACCUCAGGGAGUGGAAGAGAGUACAAUGGUGUCCCCUACCUAACACCUCAGGGAGUGGAGGACAGGACCCUUGUGCUCCCCAGUCUACCACCUCAGGGAGUGGAGGAGAGGACCCUGGUGCUCCCCAGUCUAACACCUCAGGGAGGGGAGGACAGGACUAUGUCUAACACCUCAGGGAGUGGAGGAGAGGACUAUGGUGUCCCCAGUCUACCACCUCAGGGAGUGGAGGAGAGGACCCUGGUGCCCCCCAGUCUAACACCUCAGGAGUGGAGGAGAGGAUCCUGGUGUCCCCUACCAAACACCUCAGGGAGUGGAGGAGAGGACCCUGGUGCCCCCCAGUCUAACACCUCAGGGGGGGGAGGAGAGGACUAUGGUGACCCCAGUCUAACCCCUCAGGGAGUGCCGGAGAGGAUCCUGGUGUCCCCUACCAAACACUUCAGGGAGUGGAGUAGAGGACCCUGGUGUCCCCUACCAAACACUUCAGGGGGUGGAGGAGGGGACCCCGGUGUCCCCUACCAAACACUUCAGGGGGUGGAGGAGGGGACCCCGGUGUCCCCUACCAAACCCCUCAUGGAGUGGAGGAGAGGACUAUGGUGCCCCCAGUCUAACACCUCAGGGGGUGGAGGAGAGGACCCUGGUGUCCCCUACCAAACACUUCAGGGAGUGGAGGAGAGGACCCCGGUGUCCCCUACCAAACACCUCAUGGAGUGGAGGAGAGGACCCUGGUGUCCCCUACCAAACACCUCAGGGAGUGGAGGAGAGGACCCUGGUGCUCCCCAGUCUAACACCUCAGGGAGUGGAGGAGAGGAGCCUGGUGUCCCCUACCAAACACCUCAUGGAGUGGAGGAGAGGACUAUGGUGUCCCCUACCAAACACCUCAGGGAGUGGAGGAGAGGACCCUGGUGUCCCCUACCAAACACUUCAGGGAGAGGAGGAGAGGACCCGGGUGUCCCCUACCAAACACCUCAGGGAGGCGAAGAGAGGGGGAGUGGAGGAGAGGACCCUGGGGCUUCCCAGUCUAACACCUCAGGGAGUAGAGGAGAGAACUAUGGUGUCCCAAGUCUAACACCUCAGGGAGUUGAGGACAGGAUCCUGGUGCUCCCCAGUCUAACACCUCAGGGGGUGGAGGAGAGGAGCCUGGUGUCCCCUACCAAACUCCUCAUGGAGUGGAGGAGAGGACUAUGGUGUCCCCUACCAAACCCCUCAGGGAGUGGAGUAGAGGACCCUGGUGUCCCCUACCAAACCCCUCAUGGAGUGGAGGAGAGGACCCUGGUGUCCCCUACCAAACACCUCAGGGAGUCGAAGAGAGGGUUAUUUUGCCCCUGA